UUGGUUGGUUCCACUUCCACAGCUCAGGGCAAGACAGUCCACAUGUGUCACAGCUAUUAGUGACGGAGACAACUUAUUUCCCCCCUACUUAGGUUUUGUAUUUCUACGGUAUUUUGCGGUGUGAACGUUUCCAGACAUUGUUAUGGGGAAGAAGAAAGCGGGAGGAGGAGCUGGACUCGGCAGAGCUCUGAUGAAGGAGAGACUGCAAGCGAGCAGGGGAAACAAGAGGGUCGACUCAUGGCUACACACCAGUGAGCUGAAUGAUGGCUACGACUGGGGUCGUUUGAACCUGCAGUCAGUGACAGAGCAGAGCUCUAUGGAUGACUUCCUCGCCACAGCUGAACUGGCAGGAACAGAGUUUGUUGCAGAGAAACUCAACAUUAAGUUUGUUCCAGCUGAAGCCAGAGCAGGCCUGCUUACAGCUGAGGAGAAAAGCAGGUUAAAGAAGCUGCACGAAGAAAACAAACAUUUCCUCCGAAUUCCUCGACGCCCUCACUGGGAUGAAAGCACCACCCCAGAUUUACUCCAGCAGGCAGAGAAAGACAGCUUCUUGAAGUGGAGACGAGAACUUGCUCAACUGGAGGAGGAACAGAAGUUAAUUCUUACCCCGUUUGAGAGGAACCUUGAGUUCUGGCGACAGCUGUGGAGAGUCAUUGAGAGAAGUGACAUCGUCGUUCAGAUUGUUGAUGCCAGGAAUCCUCUGCUGUUCAGAUGUCCUGACCUGGAGCUAUAUGUGAAAGAAGUGUCGCAAAAUAAGGUGAACAUGCUUCUGGUGAACAAGGCAGACCUUUUAACCCGGGAGCAGAGGAAAGUCUGGGCCAAGUAUUUUGAGAAGGAAGGUGUUAGGGCUGUUUUUUGGUCUGCUCUGGCUGAGAGUAACAGGCUGGAUGCAGAAGAAAAGGGGAUGGAAGUUGACGAUCCAGAAAGUGUAGAAAGUGAUCCAGAAGCAGAUGAAUCGCCACACAGUUUGGACUUAAGCAAAAGAGCGUCGAAGGGAGAAGAAAAAGCGCAGGAAGGAGACGAGAGUGGUAUAGAAGAAGAGCAGCAAGACAAUGUAAACGUCGAUGAAGAGGACUGGCAAACCUGCUCGGAGGAGGAGGAGGAAGAAGAGGACGAAGCUGAAGGAGAGACUGCUGGUUCUUCGGGUGAAUCCUUCCAUAACUCCAGCCGACUGCUGCACAAAGAUGAGCUGUUAGAGAUGUUUAAAGCGUCACAUAAUGGACCCAGGUUUAACGAAGAUCAACUGACAAUAGGACUGGUCGGGUAUCCAAAUGUGGGAAAGAGCUCCACCAUCAACACUAUUUUACGAAACAAGAAGGUGUCUGUUUCAGCAACACCAGGACACACUAAGCACUUUCAGACUCUGUAUGUGGAGCCAGGUCUGUGUCUCUGUGACUGCCCCGGUCUGGUGAUGCCCUCAUUUGUUUCUACCAAAGCGGAGAUGAUCUGCUCUGGGAUUUUACCCAUCGACCAGAUGAGGGAUCAUGUACCUGCAGUCUCUCUCAUAUGUCAGACAAUCCCUCGACAUGUUUUAGAAGGAACGUAUGGCAUCAACGUCAUCAGACCGCGGGAAGAUGAAGACCCCGACAGACCCCCCACUUCUGAGGAGCUGCUGACGGCGUAUGGAUAUAUGAGAGGUUUUAUGACGUCGCACGGCCAACCUGAUCAGCCCAGAUCAGCUCGGUACAUCCUCAAGGAUUAUGUCAAUGGUAAGCUCCUGUUCUGCCAUCCUCCUCCGCACAUUAAUCCUGAAGACUUUCAGUCUCAGCACAGCAAAUUCCAGAAGAGGGCGUUGGACAGCUUGGACGUCUCUGCCGUAACAAACAGACCACAGAAAAUCAAAAGGAUUGAAAAUGUUGUUGACAAAAACUUCUUCCACCAGGAUAAUGUCCGAGCACUCACCAAAGGAGUUAAGUCCAUCAUGGGCUACAAACCAGGCAGCGGACCAGUUGGCCCAGGCAGCGGACCAGUUGGCCCAGGCAGCAGACCAGUUGGCCCAGGCAGCGGACCAGUCGGCCCAGGCAGCUCAGAGUCGGAGGCAAUGGAGGGCAAGCCCUGGAAAAAACACGGAAACAGAAACAAGAAGGAGAAACUGCGACGGGUCACAAAGCAUCUGGAUGGUUGAUGAUGAUUGUCUAAACUCUUUUAAACCUACAUGAUUUCAGAUUAAAUGAAAUGUCUUGAAGAGCAGCUUGUAUGUCAUCCUAAAGGACCCUGAUGUAGAUGGAUGCAUGCAUCUGUGGCUGUGGAGAGGGUUUUGAUCUAAGCGGUUAAGUGCUCUGAACUGAAGAUUGUAAAAGCUGAAUUCAUAAUCUGAAUAAUCAUGACUAUAGGAGCUGAAGCACCAAUUAUUCAGAAAAAAAUUACUUACGAACGAUAUAAGUCUUUAUGAAGCAGUUUAAUUGCUCUGGAUAGGAGACUUUUUUUUUACCUAGAGUGGUAGUUGUCCCCAAGUUGAGCCCCAUAAAUUGGUAUUCAAUAUCUUAAUGUUUUUCUAUGAAGAGAAGCUCUCAUUAAAAUGUGAAAAGAUGUUUGUCCUUGCUGAAAGACUUUCAUCUAAACAUUGAUUUGAAAUAAAUAAGUUGCAUCAACCUUG